UGAUGGAGUAGGCGGGUCCGAGCCGCCUGUUUGUCUGCGCCACCAGCAGCAUCAGCUGCGCUUUGUGCCGCGAUAAUCCGCUCUGAUGUCACGCUGCAGAGGGAGGGGGCUGAGCUUUCCGCUUUAAUCCGAGGAGGGGGUCAAACCGAGCCGAUCCGGGCGAGGACAGGACCCGGUGGAGGGCGGGGGGGGAGACGAUGUGGACCGGAGCCGGGCCUCUCCUCCGCUAACAUGAAGAUUGGUCUGUGAGGCUUCUUUUAAUGAUCCGAAAAGCUGUUAUAAAAGCCUGAGUCAAUUUAAGUCCUAGCAAUGAGUCAAAAGUAUCAGGAAGACGCUAUUGGGGAAGCAGACGAGGAGCAGAUGGAAGCUGCUGCGCCUCAGAGGAUCAGGCAGUCCAAUGGAACCAACGGAGAGCCGCCUGUACGUCGGUCCUGGAGGCCGUGUCAGAUGCAAAACCCUGAUGGGGAAAUGGCUCCUCACAACCACCACCGCCAUUAUCAUCACGCGGCACAUCACCACCACCACCCUCAAGGUCGCGGACCUCCUCGCCACCGCCGACGGCCUCCGUCAGGCCAAGGCCAGAGCCCAGGCCAGGCUGUCAGUCCUGGUGGGGCCCCAACCAGGUCACCAGAAGAGAUUGAGACUCAGGAUCAUGAACCCCGACCUGUCCAACAACACCGCCCUGCCGUAACCCGCUAUCGCCGUCAUGGUGACCCAAACCCCCGGCUUAGAAAUCACAGACAGCGGCAGCAGUUUAGAGAAAUGCAGGACGGUCGGCCAGGCAUUGGCCCUGUAGAAAUACGAGAGCAGGAAGCCUCCUUAGGUGAUCCUGCAUUGAACCAAUCACAGGAGAGAGGAUCUCCCCAUCAGACACCACUUCCUGUUGUUUCAUCUGCCCACAUUUCUACUUCCCUACCAAUGGAGGAUGUGCAGAUUGAGUCUCAACAUACUCCGGCUGAAGCUGAAGAAGACCACCAUGAGUUCAAAGCAGAGGACGAAAAGGAAUCUAAGGAAGUCAUAGAUAAGAGAGAACAAGAAGAGGAUGAUGGAAACUUACAGCUAUCAGCAGGAAACCCAACUUGUACCCACAGUGAAAGAGCAGAAGAAGAGAUUGAAAGGGUGGAGGAGGACCGAGAGGAUGUCAUGGAGAACGCAGAGGAGGAUCCUACAGCUCAGGGAAGUGAAAUUACAGAUCUUUGCUCAGACACAGAGAGCGCUGCCUCGCUCAGUAUGGAUGGACCUCUCCACAGCCCGCCUCCCUUACAGUCACCAACUCCUCCCUCCUCCCCUGACGUCCCGCCUUUUCCCCAACUGGACCACUUCAGUGAGGAUAUCACCAUGAGCUCGUUACCUGACAACAACGCUUUACCUGAGGAAGAGGAUUGUUCUGAAUCCUGCUCACUGUCUCACUCUACUUCUUGCUCUGAGCUUCAUCCUAAAACCUAUGCAGAAUUUUACACAGAGUCCCACAAGAAAACCUACGAGCCCACCUUUGAGUUGUACUCAGAGGCAAAAUGUCAUCCAGACUCUUUUCCUGAGCCUCUAAAGACCUCAUACCCUGAGCUGCAGCGAGAAGCUUGUAGGCAAUCUGGUCGAAGACCUGAGUCUAACAAGGCCCAGCAAGAGUCCCCGCAGGAACCCUUUGUUGGACAUAGAACCAAGAAUGCUCAAAAAGGGGCUCCAUCUUCCCCCACUGAGAGUUCCCACCAGAUCUCACGGCAGAGUAGAGACCGUGGGUCGCGUUCCUUCCCUGCCGACAGCUCCGUCGGUUGCCGGCUCCAUCAUUAUGAUGGACAGUCAGACAGCGAGGGAGACAGUGCUGAUAAAAGCCCUCUUCCCAAGACUGGUAGGCCAGCAUCUAGACAGCCACAGACCCAAACUAAGACCCAGUCAGCUGGUUUGGGUGAAGCCCAGAAUGAGCGGAACAUGCCCGGUCUCCAAGGGGAGGGUACAAAGUGCUCGGGUGACGCCAUCAGCCUGGCAAUUAAAGACAUUAAAGAGGCUAUUGAGGGCGUGAAGACAAAGACGGUGCGUUCUCCCUACACACCAGACCAACCAGUGGAGCCAAUUUGGGUGAUGAGACAGGAGAUCAGCCCAACAGAGGACGCAUACCCAAUGCCAACGUCCGCUGGCCACACUUCUCCCCACUCUCCGUCUCAGUCAGCUUUGGAGUCUCCGUCCCGUUACACCUCAGUGCCUGUGCGGGACAGUGUCAGUCCUCUGAGGGCCGAGACAUCCAGAAACCUGCAGCACGGUCCGACACAGCAGCCUCACCACAACCAUCACGGCUACCAGUCACAGUCAAGGCCACCGCAGAUGUACACGCCUACGACGCCGACUCAGUCGCAACCGAGCCAGCGUCUGACGCAUCCGCAGAGUCCAGAGCAGCCUUCUGCUCAAGCUCAGCCAUCUUCACCCCUUCAGAAGGCUUCCAUCCAGGAAAUUCGCCGAGCUCUCCCUCCAUUUCCCACAUUUGUGGACGUCCCUGGACCGUGUGACCCUGAAGACCUCAUUGAUGGGAUCAUAUUUGCAGCAACCUACCUUGGCUGCACCCACCUGCUUUCAGAGAGAACGCCCACAAAGAGCGCCCGUAUGCAGCAGGCCCAGGAGGCCAUGAGCAGAGUCCGGGCGGCUCAGAAACAGGCGAAGAACAGGAAGAAGAGUCCAGACAGUGAGACUCCGUCCACUGCUGAGGUUGACCUGUUCAUGUCCACACAGAGAAUCAAAGUCCUCAAUGCAGACACGCAGGAGGCUUUAAUGGACCUUCCAUUGAGGACCAUCUCUUACAUCGCUGACAUCGGCAACAUGGUGGUCCUGAUGGCGAGGGGGAAGAUGGUGAGGUCCCGCAGCGCUCAGGAAAACCUGGACCACGCAUCAGAGCAGAGCAGCAUGAACCACGACGACAGGAGGAUGUACAGGAUGAUCUGCCACGUCUUUGAGUCUGAGGAUGCCCAGCUCAUCGCCCAGUCCAUCGGGCAGUCCUUCAGCGUGGCGUACCAGGAGUUCCUCCGGGCCAACGGCAUCGACCCCGAGGACCUGAGCCAGAGGGAGUACAGCGACCUGCUCAACACUCAGGACAUGUACAACGACGACCUCAUCCACUUCUCCAAAUCCGAGAACUGCAGAGACGUUUACAUUGAGAAGCAGAAAGGUGAGAUCCUGGGGGUGGUGAUCGUGGAGUCAGGAUGGGGGUCCAUCCUCCCCACCGUCAUCAUCGCCAGCCUGAUGCACGGCGGCCCGGCAGAGAAGUCCGGCAGGCUCAACAUCGGGGAUCAAAUCAUGACCGUAAACGGGACGAGCCUGGUGGGUUUACCUCUCAGCACCUGUCAGAGCAUCAUCAAGGGUCUGAAGUCACAGUCCAGGAUCAAGAUGAACAUCGUCAGGUGUCCUCCAGUUACCAUGGUGCUCAUCCGACGGCCGGACCUCCGAUAUCAGCUCGGCUUCAGCGUCCAGAACGGGAUCAUCUGCAGCCUGAUGCGAGGCGGCAUCGCCGAGCGCGGCGGCGUCCGGGUCGGACACCGCAUCAUAGAGAUCAACGGCCAGAGCGUGGUGGCCACUCCUCACGAGAAGAUCGUACAGAUCCUGUCCAACGCCAUGGGAGAGAUCCACAUGAAGACGAUGCCUGCCGCUAUGUAUCGCCUGCUGACAGCGCAGGAACAACCCGUCUACAUCUAAUCAGAUCACCGUGUUGGUCCUUUUAAAACUGCCCCCCCCGUUACUUUAAACCCCUCCCCCAUCCUGGUUGAUAUCACUCUACUUGCCUUAAUCUGUGGAGCUGACGGCCGUGUAAAUGGUGCACAUCUCCGGUGUGGCAGCAGAAGGCAAAUCGUCUCACUAUAGGCAGAGUGUUUGUGACAUUUUAGGUUCGACCAAAGAUAAUUUGUGUUUUUUUUUCUCUUGUGUAUAUUUAGGUUGCAGAGACAAUAUUAGAUCUGGUUGAAUAGCUGUAAUAUCUGAAUGUAUUUCAAUCAUGAUGGACCUAUAUUAUAAAGCUAAGAGGACUUUUGCAGUGAGAAGGUGAAGGGAGAGGAAUGCAUGUACGAAUCUAAAGAAUAAAUAUGUGAAAAGGCUGUGA